AUGGCGUUCAUCAUCUUCGUGGCAUUCAUCGUCCUCGUGGUAUUAGUUGUCUUUAUGGCGUUCGUCGUCCUGGUGGCGUCUGUCAUCCUCAUGGCGUCCGUCAUCCUCAUGGCAUUCGUCAUCUUCGUGGCGUUCGUCGUCCUCCUGGCAUCCAUCAUCUUCGUGGCAUCUAUCGUCUUCAUGCCGUUCGUCGUUUUCAUGGCGUUCGUUGUCUUUGUGGCAUUUGUCAUCCUCGUGGCGUCCAUCAUCCUCGUGGCGUCCGUCGUCCUCGUGGCGUCCGUCGUCCUCAUCCCUGUAAAAGCACCACCCCGCCAGAGUAAAAGCAUCACACCAGGACGGGUGUCAGUGCCCCGUCAGUGUAAAAGCACCGCACCAGGACGGGUGUCAGUGCCCCGUCAGUGUAAAAGCACCGCACCAGGACGGGUGUCAGUGCCCCGUCAGUGUAAAAGCACCACACCCUGUCAGUGUAAAAGCACCGCACCAGGACGGUUCCUCAAACAGAAGCCGCGUCCCUUCGUCCAGAGGAAACCAGAGGACGUUCCUGCUUUGUUGGAAAAACUACGGCAGCUGAUGGAGGACAGACUUCACGUCCUACGGUGGACGAACGAGCAGGGUUCAUCAGGUCAGGACAGUGUCUCCGUCCUCAGUCAGGAGUUGACCUUUGACCUUCAACAGCUGAAAAGACGAACUGAGCAGGAGCUGGACAACAUCAGACACCAUUUGUUUCAGAUCGAAGGCAGACAACGACGACUGGACGCUGAACUAUCGCAUUUACAGAAGAAGAAGAAGAAACACGAACGACAGAAGACCAACUGUCAACAUCACAUUUCAGACUUUCAGUUUUGUCAGGAGCUUCAGGCGUCCAUCAGCGAGCGUCUGGUCCGAUCAGAGCAGCUGCUGUUCCAGGAGGAGGCACUGAGCGCGCUCCAUGACCUGCUGACCCAGGACCUGCGACGCUACGAAGACGAGACACAGAGACUGAGACGACUGACAGAGAAAACCCUCGGGUACGACGGGUGUGAGGAACCUGUUGGACGGACGGAGCAGAUCAUGCAGGGAAAGAACGAGACCGAAGCAGGAAACACCAACAACAUGCGUCCACCCGUGUCCUCGUCUCCCCCGUCACCGCUUAGUCGUCAUUCAUCCGCUUACGAAGGCGACGCCCACCAAACCUGGAAAGUCACCAAUAAGAAACCGGCAUUAUCGCGCAGUUCCAACCUGCACCGGUCCGGCAGCGUCAAAGACCUCAUCAGUAGGUUCUCGGAUCCGGAUCGCCACCGCCCCCUGAGUCCCGCACCUGCGACCGCACGACUGUCCAAGUCCACGGAGAACCUCAAGUCCGGCGCCGAAAGUCCACUUCCCAGCAUCACGGUGACUCCGCCCCUAAGUCAGAGAGGAACCGGUCAAAUGGGUGGAUUGGUAGGGGGCGGAGCUGAGCCCAACGGUCCGGCCGCCAACGCCGAUUCGCAACCACGGAAUAAAAACCCAAACGCAGACUGUGGCGGAGACUCGAUGGCAGAUUCUGGGAUGGGAUCGGAGUCGGAGUUCGACCCGUCCAAACAGCCCGACAGCCCCUCGGAGGAGGAGCCCCCCCACACCCCCCGGGUUCUGCCCAACAACCCCAACCCCAAGUAUCAGCUGUUCCUCAACCCUGAGCUGAAGACCAACGGCCUGAGCAGCAGGGACGCAGACGGGCCGGCCUUCAGUGGGGGGGGAUCGGUGGGGGGGGACAACGGGCCCAGGCCGCGGUGGGAGAGCACCCGUCUGGGCCUCAACCACUACCGGGGGUCCCUGGAGUCUCUGGCCUCGAGGGACUGGGACACCAUGUCGGACCGGCUGGGUGUGGUCGACAGUCCUCCCAGAGUGUUCAACAGUCCGUACACCACCACCGCCUCCAUGGACUACAACCCCAUGUACCGCAUGUCCGAGUUCAAGGCUCCAGGUGGAAUCUCUCCGUCCACCUCUGAGAUGAACCUGUUCAGUCUGAGCACCAGCCCGGUGGCCACGCCCAUUCUGUCCAACAACCGACCGCGCUUCUCCACCUACGAGACGCUGAGGAGGCGGCCCGAGGUCAACAACACCGUGAUGAGCGGACACUACUCGCUGAGAUCGUCCACGCUGCCCAAUAAGAAGGACUACAUCGAAGAACUGACCAAACAGCUGGACACCUGCCAGAAGCGUAACCAGUUUCUGGAGGCCGAGAGUGUGGAGAUGGAAAAAGAGAGAAACCAGAUCAGGUUUGAGAUGCGUGGACUUCUGGUGAACAACGAGGACCUCCUGAGGACCAACACCCAACUGAACAACGAACUGAAGAGGAUGAGGGAACAGAUGAUUGAGAUGGACCGAGAACAGCAGAGCAUGGCAGAGAAAUACAGGGAGAUGGAGAUCGAAGUCAAACAGGCUCGGGAUGUGAUGGUGGAGGCCAACACGCAGGAAUACGCCUUCAACUUCCUCCAACAGUCGCUGAAGAACCAGAUCCAGGACGCUGAGGAAAACCUGGAAAAACAGACGCAGCAUGCUCAGGCUCUGGCGGAGAAGCUGUGGCGAGCAGAGAGACAGUUGGAGGACUACGAGUUGGACAACGACACCAAAGACAAGAGGACGUCUGAACUCAACAGCACCAUCAUCAGGCUGGAGACAGAGCUGUCCGAGGCCCUCCAGGUGUCCACUCAGGUCAUGGCGGAGAAGAACCUCCAGGAGAAGCUCCGUGACGACGCCCAGCUGAGGGUGGAGGAGCUGGAGGAGUCAGUGCUGGAGAAGGAGCAGGAGAUCCAGAAGCUGCAGGUGCUGGUGGGCCGUCUGCAGGGAGAGGUCUCGGGGAAACUGAUCGAUAAGGAGCGAACGCUGGAGGAGGAGAUCCAGCUGAGGGAGAGGAUCCAGCUGCAGUGCAAACAGGCCGAGAGGACGGUGGACGACCUGACCAUGGAGCUGCAGAGCACCAACCAGGCCAAGGAGGACCUGAGCAAACAGUUGAAACAGGCCCAGGAGAAGAUGAUCGACCUGGAGGCAGAUGUAGAAGAACUGCACGACAGCGAGCAGAGGUGGGCGUCCAAACACAAGAGAGCCAUCGAACAGAUGGAGCAGCUGCAGCUGAAGCUCAUUCAGGAGAAGGAUCUGAACGAACAGCUGGAGAUGGAGAAGGCAACCAUGGAGCGCCAGGUGCGUGAACUGCGUCUGGAGGUGGAAGACCUGCAGAGUUCCAGGGUUCAGGAGGACGUGAUCUCCAAGACAGAGGGGAGGAUCAAAGAGCUGGAGAACACCCUGAGAACCGAGGAGAGGAACAGGGUGGCGCUGUCGAACACCAUCAGUAAACUGGAGAGGAAGAUUAACGAACUGACAGAUCAGAUGGAGGAGGAGCAGAGGAUCAGCACCGAGCAGAAGGACCUGAUGACGCAGAGGAUUCGCUCCCUGAAGCGUCAGUUGAACGAGGUGGAGGAGGAGGCGGGACGUAAGGAGGCGCAGUGUCGCUUCGCCCAGAGGGAGUUAGCGGAGGAGAGAGAGACGAGCAGCCGACUGCAGAGGCAGCUACUGGACCAACACCUGCAGAACAAGCGUAAGGAGGCGCUGACCGUCCGUCAGACCCUGGACAACCUGCGACUGGACCUGAGCAUCGAUGACGAAGACGAUGACGACCUUCAGCAACAAAGCAACGUCACCAAAGUCUGAGGAAACGUCAACGCAAUAGAACUGAACAAACACACAAACAGACACACAAACAAAUACACAAACAAACACACAGAAAAACAAACACAGACACACAAACAAACAAAAACACAGACACACA